AUGGAUGAAACAAAUGAUGGUAAUAGUAAGAAAAGAGAGUAUAACGAAGUAGACAAUAAAGAGUCGAAUGGUGUUACAACCACAAACAAUGAAAAUGAUCAUUCUGAUAAGAAAGUAAAAAUAGAAGAUGAUGUUAAUAUUAGUAAUGCAACGACCACUACUACUACCGAUGCUACAGCUACCACCACAACCACUGUAGUUGACACAAAGAUGAGCGAAGAAGACGAUUCUGAAGAUGGUGGUGAUGACGAUGAAGAUGAUGAAGACGAUGGAAAAAAGAAAAAGAGAAAAGGUAAUCCUGCAUUCCCUAUUCCACCAUUACUCACCAAAGACGAGCUAAUUGCAUUGCAAGCACCAAACAAGAUAACCACCGACAAGACAAAGAAGAAGAAAGUUGCUAUUUGCGUUGGUUAUUCAGGAACAAACUAUAGAGGAAUGCAAAAGAAUCCAGGAUUUCCAACUAUCGAAGAUGAACUUGAAAAAGCGAUUUUCAAAGUUGGUGGUAUCUCACCGGACAAUAUGUAUUGUCAUAGAAAGAUCGAUUGGAUUCGUUGUGCAAGAACCGAUAAAGGUGUCUCUGCCAUCAGAAAUAUGGUUAGUUGCAAGUUGGAGUACGAUCCACCCACUCUCGAUGAGAUGAAGACUGCGAUCAAUGCACAGCUGCCCAACGAUAUCAGAGUGUUUGCAAUCAAGCGUGUCAACAAUACAUUCCACGCCAAGAACUGUGUCGAUAGAAGAUCGUACAUCUACAUCACACCGACAUUCGCAUUCGAACCGAUCUUUGCCAACAACAAACCAGCUCAAUACAAAUUCGAUGAACUCGAACGCACUCGUCUGAAUUCACUUCUCAAGCUAUUCGUUGGUACACGUAAAUAUCAUAACUAUACCUCAAAGAAAGAAAGUAAUGAUCCAUCCGCUGUUAGAACUGUCAAUUCUUUUGAAUGUUCAGAACCAUUUAUGAAUGAAGGUGUAGAGUUGGUAGCUAUUAAUAUUGUUGGACAAAGUUUUAUGUUACAUCAGAUUAGAAAGAUGAUAGGUGUCACAAUGCAGUUUAUGAGAAAAGGUUUCUUUGCCGAUAGUGAAUCCGAUGAAGCUGCAUUGUCAAAGAUGAAGAAGCUGGUGGAAGCAACGUUUGCACACAGACAAUUCAAUUUACCGAUGGCACCCGGUGCCGGUUUGUUGUUGGAUCGUUGUCUCUACGAUAUUUGGACACAAAAGUUUGGUUCGGUACACGGUGACCUGAUGUUUAAUGAACAGGCCGAAGAGAUCGAGGCAUUCAAAAAAGAUAGAGUCUACAAGGAGAUCGCCAAGUUUGAAUCGGAACAGCAGUUGUUCAAGACUUGGUUCAAGGAUUGCUUGGAUCCAUAUCCACUGCCAUACGCCGACCUCAUUGACACCUUUGAAAAUCCACCUGCUGCACCACCCCGCAAGCAAGUUAGCAAGCCACCAAGAGAAAGAGUUCCACACUAUCGUCAAAUUAAAUAUUUAGGUAAAGAUGAAUCAAAGAAAGAUGAAUCAGUCAAAGAUGAAUCAAAGAAAGAAGAAUCAAACAACAACAACAACAACGACAGCGACACAACUCAAAAGCAAAGUUAG